AUGGACUUGAAAAACCUUUCAAGCAAUUGGAAGAAACUCCAGGGGACGUUGCAGAAAAAAGAUAACGUCUCCGCCUCCGCUCCGAAACGCAAACCCUCCGAACGCGAGUCCCAGAAUGGUGCUGUGAAGAAGAGGAAGAGGGAAGAUAAACCGAAAACAAAGAAAUCAGAUCGCCAUACCCAUUCGACAAAAAAGAAGAGGAUGUCUGAGGGAGGGGAAACUUGUGGAGCUUCAGAUUCGGCUUCGCGGAGGAAUUCUGCUGCAGUAGGAACUGCGCCGGAAAAGGAAGAUUUGCCCAUGGCCAAGAUAAAUGAAGGCCGCUCACCAAGCGCUGAACUAGGCAACUAUGUAGCCAUCGACUGCGAAAUGGUGGGUGUUGGGCCCAAUCCCGAUCACGACUCGGCUCUCGCGCGUGUUAGUAUUGUCAACUUCCACGGCGAACAAGUUUACGACUCAUUUGUGAGACCCAAGGAGAUGGUGACGGAUUGGCGGACGCACGUUAGCGGGAUAUUGCCCAAGCACAUGGUGGAGGCACGGUCAUUUGAGCAGGCCCAAAAGGACGUUUCUGAUAUUCUCGAAGGACGGGUACUGGUGGGACAUGCCGUUGGUAAUGACUUGGAUGCGCUGCUCCUCGGCCAUCCCAAGCGCGACAUCAGAGACACAAGCAAAUACCCGCCGUACCGCAAGAUUGCAGGCGGUGGCUCUCCGCGAUUGAAAGUGCUGGCUUCCGAGUACCUGGGGCUGAAUAUCCAAACGGGAUCGCAUUCUAGUGUGGAGGAUGCGCGGGCUACAAUGAUGCUGUAUCGGCGGGAGAAGAAGGGGUUUGAGGCGGAGCAUUCGAAAAAAUGGCCAGUUCGUGUGGUCGUAGAGAAGCAAGAGACUGGGGGGGACCAGAAGAAGAAGAAAAAGAAGAAGAAGACCCGUAAGAGGUGA